AAAAUGUAAACAAGUUUAUUGAGCUUUUUCCUCCAAAAAUACUACAAAGGACGCAGAUUUUUGAAUUACGAGAAGAUGUCAGAUGAAGUACACACGGAUCAUAAUUACAGGUCAGAACACAAGAGCUUGUUGUUUGGAUUGAAGACUGUUACUGAAGGAUUAUUGUCUGGACAGAGCAGUAAUGUCUGGAACAUCCACGGAGGGCUCAACAGGAUGUGUGCUCAACUGGAGCAUAUCAUGUAUCAUGGUUUGAAAAGCAUUAAGGGAGACCUUGGCAUACAGCUGGACUUCUGGCCAGUUGUGUACAGCCUGAAGACAUUGAACCCUGUCCUGGCCCCAGCACUGGACAAGGUCAACAGGUCAGGAGGAAACAGGGGAUCUACCUGGCUUAGAGAGAGCUUAAGGGAUCACACCUUAUCCUCUCAGUUAUCUACCCUUGUAUCCAACAAGUCACUGAUGAGCAAGUUUUACUUUGAGUUUGCUUUCCUAAAUGACGAACAGUACUUCAAGGCUUUAUGUGUUUGUUUGAAAGCCAUUGAGCUCAACAGAAUAUCCCUGUUAGCUGAACUGGAUCUAAAAUUGCUGAGUCACAGCCAUGAGCGAGAUAUUAGAGGAACCAGAAGCAGAUCAUGGGCUGUACCAGAAAGAAAACAUUGCAACUCAGUUGGUGAUAGGAAGUCUAGUUCCCAUGAUGCUAUGGCACUUGCACCACCUUUUGCAUCUCCAAAACAGGAGAGCAUCUUGUGCAUGUCUGAUGAGCAUGCAGUCCCUUCCUCUAUAAGAGAAAGCACUAGUCCAGAAGAAACCAAGAGCUUGGCCCGUGAAUCUUUAAGGACAGUUUUACGUAAAUCCGGUUCAGAGUCGCCAACAGGGGAUGCCCCAGAUUUUAGUUUCUAUGACAAUCUGAAUAGUGAUCCUCUUCUAAAUAUAGAAUUUAGUGAUGAAAUGAACCAUAUGAAUCCUACCUUAAAGGAAGUGGUGUCCACUCCACAGCUGGUAAAUCAUAAGUCCAAGAAGGUCAUUGUCAGAAGCCAGUCAGACACUGGAAUGUCCAAAACCUCAGCUGUGAUAAAAAAUAUUUACAAGGAUAAUGAGGAUUUUAGCCAUGAAACUCCUGGGUCUGUGAGCAGACUUGAAGAUAUUUUCUCAGACUCUGAAUGCCCUCCAAAGGGAGAAGAAAAGGAGAAGUCCAAAGUGAAAUCAAAAGGUCAUAAGAGGUCAAGGUCAGAUCAAGGAGGGAUCAAGGUUGAGAAAAUGACACAAAAAGAGAAUAAGGUUUCAACAGAAGCAAAAGGAGUUGUAAUAUAUGAAAAUAAAGAUAUGCCAGGGGAGGGAACAUUUAAACAACCUUUACAGGGACAGUCCCUCAUUAAUUACCUAUCCUCCCAGGAUUUCCACACCUGUGCCAAUCUAGAUAAAGAGAAUGCACAUUUUAGCAUUUCUGAAGCCUUAAUAGCAGCCAUUGAGCAGAUGAAGUGGAACCAUGUGAUCAGUCCCAAAGUACGAGAAGAUCCGGACGAAGAGGAUUCUGAUGAGGAAAUCAACAAACUUAAGCAAAGAAUCCGGAUCAGAAAGCAACAGAAACUAAGGGAGAAAGCCAAAUUUUUUCCAACAUCCAGUGAUGGACUGACUGAAACUGCUACAACUAGCAAGAGUCCUUCUUCAGUGUUAAGUUCAUCCUUCCAAAAUAUUACAGACAGCAGUGGUUCUGAUGUUGAAGUGGAUGAAAUAGAGUUUACAAUUUCAGAUAAUGAGCAGGAAAAUGAAGGAAAUUUGAGUUUGCUCAAAUCAAAAGGGCUUUCACUUUCCCUGGCUUCACUGUAUUCAGAUGCUGAUUUACAAAAAGUUAAACCUGACAGACAAAGCUCGAUGGAGGUAUCAGAUCAAUCCGGUGUAUCAGCAGAAUCGGUGGCCAUUCUUCUUCUGAAAAAGUUCUCAGAAAAGCAACUUCCCAAAGCAUCUGAUUUAGAGUGGCUUGUGCCUAUAUCAGAGGCACCUCAAGAGUUACUUCCCUUGCCAAAAUCCUAUCCAAUAUCACCUGAUGAUGGGGAAACUGAAAUGGAAGGAUUUACAAACUCGGUGAUUGGGGCAUUGAGAUUGAGGGGAAACAAUGAAUGGGCCCCUCCCCGAUCUCAGAUUAUUUUUGACAUUCAUUCAAAUCAAAAGAGAGGGGAUGUCAUGGCAAAACAGAAUUUCCGGUGUGCUGGAUGUGGAACCAGAGUUGAACCAGCAUAUAUGAAGAGAUUCCGAUACUGUGAAUACCUGGGGAAAUAUUUUUGUCAGUGUUGUCACACAAACAAAGUCAACUACAUUCCUGGACAUAUAGUUAGGAAAUGGGAUUUUAAGCAGUAUGCAGUGUCCGACUUCUCUUGGCGUUUACUCUCACGGAUUUUUAAUGAACCUUAUUUUAAUUUAUUGACAAUUAAUCCAGCAUUGUUCAAGAAAGUGAAAGUACUGGACGCUAUUCAAGCUUUAAGAUUACAGCUGAUGUACCUGUGUAAAUUCCUUAAGAUUUGUAAAUAUUCAGAAAGUAUUAUUAGCAAGAUAAAGAAGGAGCCUUCCCACUGGCAUGAGGACGUAGAUGUGUAUUCUAUCUGUGAUCUUGUUAAUAUAAAAAAUAAUUCCAUGUUUACCAAGCUCAGGGAUUUGGUGAAUGAAGCUACAGAUCAUGUAGAAGAAUGCUCGUUCUGCCAGGGAUUUGGUUAUAUUUGUGAGCUCUGUAGAGAUGAAAAUGAUGUUAUCUUUCCAUUCCAACUGCAUACUGUCACUGUUUGUAAAGACUGUUCAUCUUGUUUCCACAAGGCAUGUUAUAUAGAAGGAAAGUGUCCAAAGUGUUCAAGGAUUGAAGCAAGGAGAAGACAAUUGCAAGAAACUGAAGCACUGGAUUCAUCUGGCGAAAGUGACACCUGAAUGUAUAGAACAAAUUCUUUAUGGAGUUGUGCAAUGAUUGUGAUAUUAUUUAUUGACUGUAGAUUGUUAAUAUUAUUCAGUGAAACCUUUCGUAUUCUGUUAAGCUAUUAAAUAAAUGUUUGAUUUUUAAGUAAUUUUGUACAUAAAAAAUCAUACAAAUAAGUGUGUACAAGUAUGAUCUACAAUGCUUACAUGUAUGUUUGAAAUGUGCCAUUUUGUCAUUAAAUCAAUUUAUAAAUUUUAUUGUCCAUGAAAAGAUGGAGCUUAUGUUUAGCUCUUAUUGUAGGACAAAUUAUUAUAUAAUAUUGUUCAUUAUCAGUGCUGUUGCAGUUUGAUAAUGUAUUAUAAUUGAAAAAACAACAUGGCAAAUUUUGCAUUAAAAAGAAUAAUUUAAAAAAUCAAAUUUGCAUGCAAAUUUAUAUCAAUUAAAAAU